CUGGUGCAAUGAGAAGAGACAUGGUAAAAUGCCGGAGGGUCCUAGUAUGACCAUCGGUAAUGGGAGUGAUUCGCCACCGUCAUUGAGACGUUGUGAUAAUCCCUGGAAGCGCAAUGCCCAACAUGGGCAAUCUGAAGUUUAUCGCCGGAUGCUCGGAAUUUUGAAUCGCGUUACGGAACAGUCUCUAACAAUAUUAUUGGAACAGGCACAGGAACUCCCCUUGUCUGACCCCGACCACCUCCCCCACGUCUUAGCUCUCCUCCUGGAUAAGGCCCAAGAUGAGCCUCUUUUCGCUCCAAUAUAUGCUCGAAUGUGCCGAGACUUAGCAGCUAGAGUGGGAAUCCAGGACGACCUUACGGCUGCUUGUGAGUCCCACUUCACAGAGAGCUACAACCUCCUCCUCCAGUAUGCUGAUAUACUUGAGGGGCCCAUAUCUUCACAACUGAUACACGAAGAAAUUCUUGCCAGGAAGAAGUUCGUUGGCCAUUUGAAGUUUAUGAGUGAGCUGCACAAGGUGGGUGUCAUGUCCAGCAACCAAGUAGUGGCCAUGGCAGAGACCCUCCUUGAGCACGGAGAUGAUCGUUCCUUGGAAGGCCUGUGCCGCUUGCUCUCCUUCUCGGGACUGGCCCUGAGUCGCACAAAUGAGGUAAAUGUUGUUAUGAGUGGGAUAGUCUCUUACGUUUAUAUGGUACGGUACGUGAUAUUUAUUUGGAUAUUUUGAUUUCUAUGAUUUGGG